AUGUUCGAUUUAUUUAUUGAAAAUUUUUUAUUUUUCAGUUUCGACCAACAAUCGGACGACAAUCAAGAUUACGACGGACAAGGAUUUAACAGUCAACCAUUUGGCGGUUCUUCUUUUUCAAAUAACGAUCAAUUUUCAAGAAACGAUGGCGGUGCAAAAUCAAGCGGAAGAAGUUCGACGAAUUCAAAUUUCAGAGCGGAAGCUACGACUUUUAUUCCCAUAAUAAGAUUCGAUAAAGAACAAACGUUAGACGGAAGUUACAAAACGAGCUGGGAAACCGGAAAUAACAUCAUAGCAGAAGAAACUGGAGUUUUAAAAACAUUCGGUGGUGAAAAUACGGAUGCAGUAGUACAACAAGGUUCUUUUAGUUACACCAGCCCCGAUGGUACUUUGAUCACCGUUCAAUAUACCGCCGACGAACAAGGUUUUAGAGCCAGCGGUGAUCAUUUACCAACACCACCACCGAUUCCGGAAGAAAUUCAAAAAGGUUUGGAUAUAAUCUACGCUGGAAUAAGAGAACAGCAACAACAAAGAGAGGGUAAAUCGCAAUCGUUUCAAGGAAGCAACGGAAGCGGAAACAAUGGAAAUAAUGGAAACAAUCAACAAUAUCAAAGCCCGACGGGAAGCGGUAACGAUGAUCAAUUUCCGUUCUUCAGUAAUCCGACACCCCAACAACGUCCGUUUCAACAACCGUCUUUUCAAAACGAACCCGCUAGCAAUGAAGAUUUUACCGGAGCCGGAAGUAAUAUAAAUUUUAGAAAUUCCGGAGAAAGAUUAAGUCCUUUGAAAAAAAAUGAAUUGAGACAAGGACCGAGAUUCAGACAGUAA